AAGAGAGGUAUGGAAAAAAUUCACGCGAGCCGUAGAGGGGGGGAACCAUGGAAGGCAACAGAGACGAAGCGGAAAAAUGUAUCAAUAUAGCGACGAGGGCCCUCGAAGCAGGAGACAAGGAAAAGGCCAUAAAAUUCCUGAACAAAGCGGAGAAAUUAUUUCCCACUGACAAAGCGAAAGUGUUGUUGGAGGCGUUGUUGAAGAACGGCAGUUCAGCAGGUAAUGGAGGAGCGUACUACAGAAGGUCAGCGAAUGGCACGGAGACGACAUCGACGCCUCCACCACAACAGAAACCGGACUCGGCGAACAGCGACUUGUCUAAGAGCUUCACCAAGGAGCAGGUGGAGGGAGUGAAGAGGAUAAAGAGCUGUAAGGACUACUAUGAGGUCCUGGGUGUCAGUAAAGAUGCUAACGAGGAGGAUCUGAAGAAAGCCUACAGGAAGCUGGCGCUGAAGUUUCACCCGGAUAAAAAUCACGCUCCGGGAGCUACAGAGGCCUUUAAAAAGAUUGGGAACGCGUAUGCAGUGCUGAGUAACGCGGAGAAGAGGAGGCAGUACGAUGUGAGCGGAGGAGAAGAGCCCAGCAGCCCGGGACACGGCGGACACGGAGGAUUCGAAUUCCACCGAGGGUUCGAGGCAGACAUCACGCCUGAGGAUCUCUUCAACAUGUUCUUCGGAGGCGGCUUUCCCUCCUCGAGUACAUUUGCUAACGGUCGAGAUCGAUACACUCAGCAGACGGACCACAUGAGGAGGGAGAGAGAAGAGAGAGGAGAUGGAGGCUUCUCCAUGUUUAUUCAGUUGAUGCCGAUCGUGGUAUUGAUCCUGGUGUCUGUUCUCAGUCAGCUGAUGGUCUCCACUCCCCCGUACAGCCUCUACUCUAGACCAUCGACAGGUCAGACGGUAAAGAGACAGACCGAGAACCUGCAUGUGGAUUAUUACGUCACCCGAGACUUCAAAUUGGAGUAUAAGGGUUCGGCGCUGCAGAAGAUUGAGAAGAGCGUGGAGGAGGAUUACGUGUCUAACGUGCGCAACAACUGCUGGAAGGAACGACAGACGAAAACAGACCUGCUGUACGCCGCUAAAGUGUACAGAGACGACCGCCUGCGCAGGAAGGCCGAGCUCAUGACCAUGGACAGCUGUAAAGAGCUGGACAGACUAAACGAGCUGUUUCGUGGGGGAUGAGCUGCACUCUGUACAGACUCUUAGCACAUAGAUAUGACAGAAUAUAUAUGUAUAUGUCACAAAUGUAAAUGUUUUUUAAGGAAAGAAAUCAGGACGUUAGGAGAGAAAACACAUACUAAAACAUUCACGUCUAAUGUAUUGUGAGAGCUCUUUUACUUUGAAACCCAUCAUCAUCAUCAUCAUCAUCAUCAUCAUCAUCAUCAUGACUCCUCACCGCACACAGCUGAAUACCUUACACCAUUUUACCUCUAUUCUAACAUGCUGAAGGAUCACGGACCGGAUCACGGACUGAAUCCCCUAACGCUCCUCAUCUCUGCUGCCUCUUCCUUCACACUCCUGACCUCAUGUUACUCUUUUCUAAAGACUGAAGCUCAUCAUGAAGGCGUCGCUCUCGACUCCCACAAUCCUUAGCAGCAGCUAUAGUGAGUUGUAAACUUGAAUAAAACGCUCUUAGCUCCUUCGCUAGUCCACGCCGAAGCGCCAUGAUCAUCGACGGUACCGACAGGAAGCGGUUUGAGCUGAAGUCACGGUUCUGCUGGAUGGACCACCGAGCCAUUUUAAUCCACAUUGUUGUACAUUUUAUUUCUGAAUGUUUCAAGCUAUUUAAGUCUCUAGAGAAUCAAGAUAUUUCUUCAUUGCUCGACUAAUCAUUUGAAUAAAGUUUAAAUUAUUA